GCCUGGUGAUGGGGCAGGACAAAGGUAUGUCGCGCUCUACGAUUUCGACCCUUCGGUGAUUGAUUGGAGAUUUCCGAAUCAAGCGCCGCUUCCUCUGAAGGUUGGAAAUGUGGUAGAGGUCCUCCAUGAUGGUGGAACGGGAUGGGUCUUUGGCCAUUUAGUCGGAGCUCCUCAGAACAAAGGCUUCUUCCCGCUGAACUACACUGCGCCUAUGGAGGAGUACCUUCGAGAGAUGGAGCGCCUUAGACAAACAAAUCCAGCUGCAGUCAGCGAGCUAACGCAGCCAAGUUUAGCCACACCAGCCAGCGCAAGCAGAGGGGAGGCCGUUCCGCCGGUGGACACGAUGAUCGUUACCAUCCCCGAGGGCUCGCAACCUGGGGACGAGCUUUCCUUCACCGCCCCAAGUGGCCAGGAGGUGAUCGUGGCCGUCCCAGAGGGCGCGAUGCCAGGUGAAGAGUUGGAGAUCCCACUGCCUCCGCAAGUCAUGGUCUGA